AUGCUUCUCUUAAAUAGUGGCUCCUCAUUUUACUCUGAGCAUAUUUCACAAGGGGACUUCUCCGCUUCUAAAUAUCGUAACCUGGCCCUGUCUGGGAGAGCGACUCAGUCACAUCAAUGGAACAGUGCCCUUCUUCAUGCCUCAAAUGCUAUUGAUGGAAAUCGUGAUUCCCAUCAAGCAACAGCAUCAUGUUCAUCAACAAUCCAACAAACCAACCCCUGGUGGAGGGUGGACCUGUUGGGGUCCUACAUCAUUACCUCCAUCCAUGUCACCAACAGAGGAGACUGCUGUGCAGGAUACAUCAAUGGCGCUGAAAUUCAUGUUGGUAACUCCCUACGAGAAAACGGCGUCGUAAACCCAGUGGUUGCUGUGAUUCCUUCCAUCCCACUUGGCAGAACUUUAGCUAUAACCUUAUCCAGAGAGGUGCGGGGUCGUUACGUGGUUGUAGUCCUGCCUGGUUCCGGAAGAAUCCUGACCUUCUGUGAAGUGGAAGUCUAUGGUUACCCUGUCCCAACUGGGAACCUGGCGGUUUACGGAAAAGCUUCCCAGUCGUCAGUGCACAGUGGAGGCGUUGCUUACUAUGCCAUCGAUGGGAACCGCAACAGCUUCUGGGCCGAGGAUUCUUGCAGCCUCACAGCGAACGACUUCUACCCCUGGUGGCGGCUGGACCUGGGCAGCACCCAUAAGGUGUUUUCUGUAAACGUAACCAACUGCGCAGACGACGGACACAAACUGUUCAUCAAUGGAGCCGAAAUUCGAAUCGGAGAUUCUCCAGAAAACAAUGGAAACCUCAAUCCAAGGUGUGCGGUGAUCUCAGGAAUUCCAGCAGGCUUCACUCAAAGCUUCCAGUGCAACGGGAUGGACGGCCGGUACGUCAACAUUGCCAUUCCUGGAAGAGUCCAGCAUCUGUGCCUGGCUGAGGUGGAGGUGUACGGCUCCAGACUGGACUGA